UAGCUACUUCCAGUCCUGACAGAACAUGUACUGGAAAAGUGGCUCCCCAUUUGGUUCGUUAUAUCUACUCAUCAGUUUAGCCUUUUUGGUACCGGGAGGUGAACGGAUAUAGUGUUCUGCAUGUUGUGCUGUUGGGCAGUUUCGUUAACUGCAUGACAUUUGUACUUAGCAUUCAUUCUUUUGUAAUGGGGAUUGUAGAAAUGAAGUAGCCCUGUAGUUGCCAUCUCCGAACAUGUAAAGUGAAGUAAAGUACGUGAUCCAUUGGGAAAAAUAUGGCUUAAGGAACGAAACUGUGCUUGUUUGAUAGCAGACUUGAGUCUGUGUCUGCUUUACAUCGUUUCCAAGAGUAGCUCUUCCAAUGCAAGGAGCAACAAACAAGAUCUGAAGUGUAUUAGGAGACUAGGGCAUUAUGCGAAAGGGAGGAGGUCGAGAUUUUCAGUGAUCCAUGAGCUGUUAGAAGCGCCUGAGUCAGAUCCGAACCUAAGAGUUAAGGAGGAGUGAAGAAAAUGGACAGCACAAAUGGAAUGUUAUGUAAACUUGACUUCAAGCUACUAUGGUUGUUACUGAUAUGAAAAUGGCAUGAAGCCAGGAAAUCAAAAGAAGUACAGUAGAGGUCUGAUCAGCUUAAAAAGGCAAGGAGUAAUUCAGGAUGGCUGCAGCUUCUUAUGAUCAAUUGCUGAAGCAGGUGGAGGCACUUAAGAUGGAAAAUUCAAAUCUUCGACAAGAGCUAGAAGACAAUUCCAAUCAUUUGACAAAGCUAGAAUCUGAGGCAUCUAACAUGAAGGAGGUACUGAAACAGCUGCAAGGAAGCAUUGAAGAUGAAGUUAUGACUUCACCUGGACAGACUGACUUGCUGGAACGUCUCAAAGAACUAAACCUAGAUGGCAGUCAUUUCAAUGGGGUGAAGGCGAGGUCUAAAAUGUCUUUGCGUUCCUUUGGAAGUAGAGAUGGCUCAGUGUCAAGUCGUUCAGGGGAUUGCAGUCCUGUUCCUACAGGGUCAUUACCAAAACGAGGGAUUGUUAAUGGAAGUGCUGAAAGCACUGGAUAUUUAGAAGAAAUGGAAAAAGAAAGGUCCCUGUUGCUUGCUGAACUUGAAAAAGAGGAUGAGGAAAAAGGAUGGUAUUAUGCACAGCUCCAGAAUCUUACCAAAAGGAUUGAUAGUCUCCCACUUACUGAAAAUUUUUCUCUGCAAACUGAUAUGACUAGAAGACAGCUGGAGUAUGAAGCUAGGCAGAUCAGAGCUGCGAUGGAAAAACAGCUAGGCACUUGUCAAGACAUGGAGAAACGAGCUCAGGCCCGUGUUGCUAGAAUCCAGCAGAUUGAGAAAGAGAUGCUCCGUAUUCGACAGCAUUUACAGUCUCAAGCAACAGAACCUGAGCAUCAGCAGAAGGGUCUGCAAAGCAAGCAUGAGGCAGGGUCACGUGAUAUGGAGAAGCAGGAGUCUUCGGGAGCAACAGAAACCAGUGUUCCAGGCAACAAUCAGCAGGGUUCAAGUACUCGACUGGACCAGGAGUUAGCAAGCGGUAUGAACUGCAGCAGUGCUUAUUCUGUUCCUCGGAGGCUGACAAGUCACUUGGGUACCAAGGUGGAAAUGGUGUAUUCAUUGCUGUCUAUGCUUGGCACCCAUGAUAAAGAUGACAUGUCACGGACUUUGCUAGCAAUGUCUAGCUCCCAGGACAGCUGUAUAGCAAUGCGACAGUCAGGUUGCCUUCCUCUGCUUAUACAACUGUUGCAUGGAAAUGACAAGGACUCUGUGUUACUUGGGAAUUCUCGGGGCAGCAAAGAGGCUCGUGCACGUGCCAGUGCAGCACUACAUAACAUCAUACAUUCACAGCCAGAUGACAAACGGGGGAGUAGAGAAAUAAGGGUUCUUCGACUGCUGGAACAAAUCCGAGCUUACUGUGAAACUUGUUGGGAAUGGCAGGAAGCACACGAGCAAGGAGUGGAUCAGGACAAAAAUCCAAUGCCAUCUCCCGUGGAACAUCAGAUAUGUCCAGCAGUUUGUGUCCUAAUGAAGAUGUCUUUUGAUGAAGAACACAGACAUGCCAUGAAUGAACUUGGUGGACUGCAGGCCAUAGCAGAACUGUUACAGGUGGACUGUGAAAUGUAUGGUCUUACCAGUGAACACUACAGUGUUACCUUAAGACGCUAUGCAGGAAUGGCUCUUACAAAUUUAACAUUUGGAGAUGUGGCAAACAAGGCAACUCUGUGUUCCAUGAAGAGCUGUAUGAGAGCCCUGGUGGCUCAGCUGAAGUCAGAAAGUGAGGAUCUACAACAGGUUAUUGCAAGUGUGCUGAGGAAUUUAUCAUGGCGAGCAGAUGUAAAUAGUAAAAAGACUUUGAGGGAGGUUGGCAGUGUAAAUGCAUUAAUGGAGUGUGCUUUGAAAGGGAAAAAGGAAUCUACACUGAAGAGUGUGCUGAGUGCCCUAUGGAACUUGUCAGCCCAUUGCACUGAAAACAAAGCAGACAUCUGUGCAGUGGAUGGUGCUCUUGCUUUCUUAGUUGAAACCCUGAGCUACAGAAGCCAAACUAACACACUAGCCAUCAUAGAAAGUGGUGGGGGUAUAUUACGAAAUGUGUCCAGUUUGAUAGCGACAAAUGAAGAUCACAGGCAAAUCCUGAGAGAGAAGAACUGCUUGCAGAUAUUACUUCAGCACUUAAAGUCUCACAGCUUGACAAUUGUCAGCAAUGCAUGUGGAACCUUAUGGAAUCUCUCUGCUCGAAAUUCAAAAGACCAAGAGGCCUUGUGGGACAUGGGAGCAGUAAGCAUGCUAAAAAAUCUCAUCCACUCUAAGCACAAAAUGAUUGCAAUGGGAAGCGCAGCUGCUUUAAGAAACUUGAUGGCCAACAGACCAGCUAAAUAUAAGGAUGCUAAUAUAAUGUCUCCUGGUUCAAGCUUGCCUUCCCUCCAUGUCAGAAAACAGAAAGCACUGGAAGCAGAGCUAGAUGCACAGCAUUUAUCAGAGACUUUUGAUAACAUUGAUAAUUUAAGUCCUAAGGCAUCACAUCGGAGCAAACAAAGACAUAAACAAAAUGUAUAUAAUGACUAUGUUUUGGACUCCAGUCGACACAAUGACGACAACAUCUCUAGGUCUGAAAACUUUAAUCCUGGAAAUCUAGCUGUCCUGUCAUCUUACUUAAAUAAUACAGUGCUGUCUUCUUCAUCAACUAGAGAGAGGGGGAAUGUUGAAAACUUUAGAUCAGAAAAUGACAGAAGUGCAGAGAGAGAGAGAACAGGACAAGGUAGUUUUCAUCAUUCAUUAGAAAGUGUUCCAAAUGCCUCAAAAAGAAUAGGAAUGCAAAUAACUAAUGCCACUGUUCAGGCUGGCAGAGUAAUGGAUGAGGUAUCAGGUAUGCAUGUAAUCCAGGAUGACAGAAGUUCUGGAAAUGUUUCAGACAUGCACGCCUUCCCAGAUGAAAGAACUGGGCAGAGAAGAACACCUGCUUCUCAUCCUCCUUCAAGUGUCUAUAGUUAUAGUAAACCUGAGAAUAGCAGAUCAUGUCCUUUGUCCUGUGGAAAAGUUGAAUAUAAGAGAGCGUCAAAUGAUAGCUUAAAUAGUGUAAGUAGUAGUGAUGGCUAUGGAAAACGAGGUCAGAUGAAGCCAUCAGUGGAAUCUUAUUCAGAGGAUGAUGAAGGUAAGUUUCGCAUUUAUGGACAAUAUCCAGCAGAUUUGGCCAAUAUGAUACGUACUGCAAACCAUAUGGAUGAUAAUGAUGGAGAAUUAGACACACCAGUAAACUACAGUCUCAAAUACUCAGAUGAACAGUUAAAUUCUGGAAGACAGAGCCCCUCCCAGAAUGAACGAUGGGCAAGACCAAAGCUUAUUGUGGAAGAUGAAAUGAAAAGGAAUGAACCAGCACAGACAAGGAGUCAAAGUACAGGCUAUCCUGUAUAUGGUGAAACUAGCUGUGAAACUGAUCAAAAACACAUGAAAUUUCUGUCACGAUUUGGGCCAGCUGACUGUGUUGCUGGUUAUAGACAGAGAACAUCUAAUAUGCCAGAACAAAAUAGAGUUAACUCUGGUCAUGGACUCAACCAGAAUCCUGCACUUUGCCAGGUUGAUGAUUAUGAUGAUGACAAGCCAACCAAUUACAGUGAACGCUAUUCAGAAGAAGAACAGCAAGAAGAAGAAGGAGAAAGGCCUUCUAAUUGUACAUACAAGGAAGAACAUACAGAUCAACCAAUUGAUUACAGUGUGAAGUAUUCCUCAGAUGUUUCUUCCUCAUCUCAAAAAACAGCUUUUGGUUAUUCAAAAAGUGCUUCUGUUCAGAGUGCUUCAAAUGAUCAUAUCCCAUCGAGUACCGGAAGCAGUUCAGGCACUCCCAAUACACACAACCAGCUACAUCCAAGCUCUGCAAGAAGUAGAACUGGUUCCUCUCAAGUUUUAGAGAAGCCUGGAGGCUGCAAACCUUCAUCUAUUAACCAGGAAACUAUACAGACUUAUUGUGUAGAAGAUACACCAAUUUGUUUUUCAAGGUGUAGUUCACUUUCAUCUUUAUCAUCUGGUGAGGAUGAAAUCGAAGGAAGGGAUCAAACAAGUCAUGCAGCAAACAAUGGAAGCUCUUUGCAGAUGACAAACAUGAAAGGAAAUGGGGCUUUAUCUGUUAGUGCACCUGGGGAAGGCCAUUCCUCAUCUCACCAUAUUAGAAUUAAAUCCAACAGGUUACAGCCUUCCAAUUUAUCUCCUUCUGAGCCAUCAAGACAUAAAGCUGUUGAAUUUUCUUCGGGUGCCAAGUCUCCAUCCAAAAGUGGAGCACAAACUCCUAAAAGCCCCCCGGAGCAUUAUGUGCAGGAAACACCACUGAUGUUUAGUAGGUGUACUUCAGUAAGUUCAUUGGACAGUUUUGAAAGUCAUUCAAUUGCUAGUUCUGUUCAGAGUGAACCUUGCAGCGAAAUGGUCAGUGGUAUUAUUAGUCCUAGUGAUCUUCCAGACAGUCCUGGGCAAACAAUGCCUCCAAGCAGGAGUAAAACUCCUCCUCCUCCCCAGGUAGUCCAGCUGAAAAGAGAUGUCAGCAAAACAAAAGUAACCACUAAUGCUGAAAAGAGAGAAAUAGGUCCAAGGCAGUCAGUUGGCAAUACAGCAGUUCAUAGGGCUCCAGUUCCUCUGGGCAGUGAUACUCUGUUGCAUUUCACUACAGAAAGUACACCAGAUGGCUUCUCUUGUGCUUCAAGCUUAAGUGCUUUAAGUCUUGAUGAACCAUACAUACAGAAAGAUGUUGAACUUAGAAUAAUGCCACCUGUUCAUGAAGAUGACCAUGGAAAUGAACAAGAAGCUGAAAAAGAUGAUUGUAUAAAGAAUAAGAAAGAGCCUAAUAAGACAGAACCAUCUACUGAGCCUGAAAAAGAUAUUCUUGAUGAUUCUGAUGGUGAUGAUAUUGAAAUCUUGGAAGCAUGCAUUCAUUCUGCUAUGCCUACUAAAUCCUCAAGGAAAAAAAAGCUUCCAUCAACAGCACCAUCGAGAAUACCUCCUCCGGUUGCAAGAAAACCAAGUCACUUGCCUGUGUAUAAAUUGCUUCCUUCACAAAAUAGAGUGCAACCUCAGAAACAUGUUAGCUUUACACAUGGGGAUGAUAUGCCAAGAAUAUAUUGUGUAGAAGGGACGCCUAUAAACUUUUCCACUGCUACUUCAUUAAGUGACCUUACAAUUGAGUCCCCACCUAAUGAAGUGGCUAAUUUGGACAGUGCCAGAAUAAGUGCUGAAUCAAACAGAAUUGAAAAAAGGGAUACUAUUCCCACAGAAGGCAGGAGUACAGAUGAUAUAAGAAAAAAAUCUUCAGUUGUCUCGGGACUUGAUGACAAAACUGAAGAAGGUGACAUCCUUGCAGAGUGCAUUAAUUCAGCAAUGCCAAAAGGUAAAAGCCACAAACCAUUAAGAGUUAAAAAGAUUAUGGAUCAAAUUCAGCAGGCAUCUGCAUCAUCACCAUCUACAAAUGCUGCAAAUCAGAAGGAGGGUGAGAAAAAGAAACCAACUUCUCCAGUGAAGCCUAUGCCUCAAAGUAGUGAAUACAGAGCUCGGCUAAUGAAUCAAGAACAUAAAGGUAAUUCCUCUGCUGAAGUCACUUUUGCAGAUAACACCAAGGAUGCCAGAAACCAGAGCCAACAGAAUACCUCUGGAGAAUUUGACAAACUUCCAAGUAAUGAAGAACGGGUUCGUGGAGGCUUCACAUUAGAUUCUCCUCACCAUUAUACACCAAUUGAGGGAACACCAUAUUGCUUUUCAAGAAAUGACUCUCUCAGUUCAUUAGACUUUGAUGAUGAUGAUACUGAUCUCUCAAAGGAAAAAGCAGAGUUGAAAAAGGAAAAAGAUCAUAAAGUUAAAAGUGUAGACACUGCUGGAAAAAGUAAAACUAAUCUGGGGUCUCAUAACCAGACCUCCAUUGCAAGAGCACAGUUAUGUCAACGACAUCCCCCAAGUAGAGGUCAAUCAAAAUUUUUACAACAAAAGCAAGCACAUUUCUCUCAGCCAGCAAAAGAUGUAUCUGAUAAAGAAGGGGGAACAGCAGUUGUAGCAGAUGAGAAGGUAGAGAACUUUGCAAUUGAAAAUACACCCGUUUGUUUUUCAAGAAAUUCAUCCUUGAGUUCUCUUAGUGAUAUUGAUCAAGAAAAUAACAACAAAGAAAUUGAGCCUAAACAAGUAGAGCAAUGUAAUGCACAAACAGAGUCAAGCAGACCGCAAACUUCAGGUUAUGCUCCCAAGUCGUUUCAUGUUGAGGACACACCAGUAUGUUUCUCCAGAAAUAGUUCACUUAGUUCACUUAGCAUUGACUCUGAAGAUGACCUUUUGCAGGAAUGCAUUAGUUCAGCAAUGCCUAAGAAGAAGAAACAACUUUUGAGAACAAAGAGUGAGAAUGAUAAAAUACCUUCUUGUUCUGACAACAUGGAUGGUAUCCUAGCGGAGGAACCAGAUUUGACAUUAGAUCUGAGAGAACUAGAGAGCCCGGAAUCUGAUCAUGCCUUUUCCCCAGAUUCUGAAACUUUUGAUUGGAAAGCUAUUCAGGAAGGCGCUAACUCUAUUGUUAGCUGUUUAAAUCAGGCAGCUGCAGCUGCUUCCCUCUCCAGGCAGGCCUCAUCAGAUUCAGAUUCCAUUCUUUCACUUAAGUCUGGUAUUUCUUUAGGGUCCCCAUUUCAUCUUACCCCUGAUCAGGAAGAAAAACCUUUUACAUCUAAUAAAGGUCCGAGAAUUUUAAAACCUGGAGAAAAAAGCACAUUGGAAUCAAAAAAAUUAGAGGAAGAUUCUGCCAAAGGAGUAAAAGGAGGUAAAAAAGUGUAUAAAAGCAUGAUUACAGGAAAGGCUCGUUCUGUUGAGACAAUCUCAUCUCAUGUAAAGCACCCUCAGCCAGCAACCAUAGCCCCCAUCUCACGUGGAAGGACUAUGAUUCAUAUGCCUGGUGGUAGGAACAGUUCACCAAGUACAAGCCCUGUUUCAAAUAAAACACCUAAAAAUGCGGUCCCCAAAAGCUCCAGCUCUGGGCAGAAUGCUUCUAAUCCUCCCAAAAGUGUAAAAACAUCAUUAAAAUCUGAAACCAGUCCUGUGAAUAAGCAGCCAUUUGCUCAAGGUUGUUCAAGCAAAGGUUCUUCUAGGUCAGGGUCUAGAGAAUCGAUUCCUUCCAGACCUCCGCAACAACCUUUAAGUAGACCUUUACAGUCCCCAGGACGAAACUCUGUAUCUCCUGGAAGAAGUGGCAUUAGUCCUCCUAACAAAUUGUCACAGGUACCAAGAACAUCAUCCCCAAGUACAGCUUCAACUAAGUCAUCUGGAUCAGGAAGGGUGUCUUAUACAUCCCCAGGUCGACAGUUAAGCCAACAGCUCCCUUCAAAGCAAACAAACAUGCCCAAAAAUUCUAGUGGUAUUCCAAGAAGUGAGUCUGCAUCUAAGGCCUUGAAUCAGAGUGCCAGUAAUUGUGGGCCUAGUAAAAAGGUUGAACUUUCAAGAAUGUCUUCUGCAAGGUCCAGUGGAAGUGAAUCUGACCGUUCCGAGAGGCCAACUUUAGUUCGUCAGUCAACCUUCAUCAAAGAAGCACCAAGCCCAACAUUAAGGAGGAAAUUAGAAGAAUCUGCUUCAUUUGAAUCUUUGUCUCCAUCCUCAAGAUCUGCCUCACCCACAAGGUCACAGAGUCAAACACCAGUAUUAAGUCCAUCAUUACCAGAUAUGUCAGUAUCAGUUCUUUCCCCACAGCAGAAUUGCAGUUGGCGCAAGUCACCAGUUUAUCAGAACUUUCCUUUAGAACUCGGUGAUGGAAGGUCUAUAAAACGUCAUGACAUAGCUCGUUCUCAUUCUGAAUCUCCAUCCAGGCUUCCAGUGACUAGAUCUGGUACUUGGAAACGUGAACACAGCAAACACUCUUCCUCUCUUCCUCGUGUGAGUACUUGGAGAAGAACUGGAAGCUCAUCCUCAAUCCUUUCUGCUUCCUCAGAAUCAAGUGAAAAGGCAAAAAGUGAAGACGAAAAACACUCUGGGAGUCCUCAAGGACAUAAGCAGGUUUCUGAAAACCAAACAGCCUUACAGGGGACUUGGAGAAAAGUAAAAGAACAUGACAUGUCCCCCAUUGCAAGUAGCCAGCAUCAGCUUUCUCCCUUAGAUGCUUUUACUGAUGCUCAGUCUAAACAGUUAGUGUACCAAAUGGCUCCAGCUGUUUCAAAAACAGAGGAUGUAUGGGUGCGAAUAGAAGACUGUCCUAUCAAUAAUCCAAGGUCAGGAAGAUCACCCACUGGCAAUAUGCCCCCAGUUAUUGAUUGCACUUCAGAGCAAGUUACUACAGAUGAAAAAGACCCAAAGGAUACACAGCCAAAACAAAAUGCAGCAAAUGCCAAUACCUCAGUGCGUGUAGUUGGACUGGAAAAUCGUCUGAAUUCAUUUAUUCAGUUGGAUGGACCAGAUAAGAAAGCAACAGAAACUAAACCUGUGGUGAAUAGCUCUACUGUAACACCAGAAACUAAUGAAAACAUUGUUUCUGACCGUACACCUUUUAGUUCCACAAGCUCAAGCAAGCAUAGCUCACCAAGUGGAGCUGUUGCAGCAAGAGUAACUCCUUUCAACUACAAUCCCAGCCCAAGGAAAAGCAGUGCUGAUAGUAGUUCAUCUCGGCCAUCACAGAUUCCAACUCCAGUGAACAGCAAUACAAAGAAGAGAGACUCAAAAUCUGAAAACACAGACUCAAGUGGAAAUCAAAGUCCUAAACGGCAUUCAGGGUCCUACCUUGUAACGUCUGUUUAGAAAACUUGAUCAGUGAUUGAGGAAAAAAAAAAGAUUGUACAUGUACUAUUUGAAACAUUUCAUAUUCAGAGACUUGUUUUACAUUAAAGCUUAAAAUGGACUGGAAAUGUUGUGAAUAUCUUUUGUUUGUUAGAGGGCAGUGUUCUGGAAGCCAUAUUUGAUUAACAUGAUGUAUGUUAAUUGACAGAAAAAUGCAGAAAAAGCAAAGAACAGAUAGGGGAAAAGGUUUUAUCAGUGAAGUAAAUUUGUACAGUAUGUUUUUGUUGUAUUAAUUAUUUAAAUAGGCUCCCUGCCAUGAACCUUUAUAUGUUGCUUGAAUUAAAAUGAAUGAAAAUUAAAGAUGGUUUAAUAACAUUUACAUUUAAGGUAUGUUUUGAAUUCAGUAUGUUUAAAUGGUUUGGCCUUAUGACAAUGUCAGGGACAGACAGUUCAUAUUGAAUAACUCACUGGUUGUUCAAGCAAAAAAUGUGAAUGAGGUUUUGAAAUUUCAGUACUUGUAAACCCACAUAGCUGUGCAGUUACUUAACUGUGAAAUUCACAAUAAUGGGAUACUUUUUGCUAAAACAAAACAACACUUACUCCUCUGCAUGAUCUGAUGGUGCAAAUUCUGAAGUACUGGUUAUUUCUGUGAUCACAUGGUGUGUGUAGAUAGCUGUGGUGCAACAGUUUACACUUCUUUGUGUGUGCUGUACAAAAGAAGAUUUAAGGAUAUUUCUGUAACCUUGAAGAAUGAGAUUAUUUUACCGAAACUAGAUUUUAUCUGAAAGUAGGUAGAGCCUUUGCUAUGCUGUAAGUUGUAUAUUCUGGUAUUUGAGGUGAGAUGGCUGCUCUUUUAUUAUUGAGACUGAGGAUGUCUCUACAAAAACCUAAAUGAACAUUUCAAAAUAAAUUAUUACUUUAUGUCUA